GCUGUGCGGUGCUGUGCGGUGCUGUGCGGCGCUGCCGGCCCGCCCGACGCUCGCUCUCUCUCCGGCAGACGUCGCUUCGCAGCCGCACGGCGAUCCUCGGCUGGAUGGCGGCCGUGCGGCGGCCGUGGAGCGGAGCGGGGGCGGCACCGGCGGAGUGCCGUUGGACGCCCAUCGCACCGCCGCGCCCGGAGCCGGGGGGGAGGGGAGGGGGCGGCCCGGACGACGGCGGAGAUGCGGUCGCCCCCCCGGCUCCGCACCACCCCCCGCCACCCGCAGCAUCCAUCCAUCUAUCCAUCCAUCCAUCCAUCCGUCCGUCCGUCCGUCCAUUCACCCAUCCGUCCGUCCGUCCACCCGCCCGCCCGCCCGCCGUCCGUCCGUUCGUCUGUCCUUCCGCGCUCCUCUCAUUCCUCCGUUCCGCUUCGGCCCCGCACCGCCCCGCGCCGCUCCGCCGGGGAUCCUUUGAUUUGGGGAGGGGGCGAAAGGCCCAAAGCGGCCGCGUCCAUAACGGGAAUUGUUUGUACGGCGGCGGAGGCAGUAAAAAAGAGAUCCUGCAAAGCAGCCGGCAGCAACGCGUGCUCUGUUACCCCCGGGGGGGCGGGACGGAUGCGGGGCGAGGGGCGGCAGGGGGGUGGGACCCCCCAACGGGUGCGGGCGGCGCGAGGGGAUGGGCCCAGAGAUGA